UUGCAUACAUGCAACAAAUGUACCUAUAUGUUUGUUGUUGUAAAUGUUUCUACAAAUUUUUUAUGUAAGUUGUAGUUUUAAAAGUCACAAUCAAAAAAAAAAUGUCAACAACAUCACAAACAAUUAGCCGAUUGGAUACAAUUUAUCGUAGUAUAUUGUUAUCAAAAUUUUUUGUUAAAGGAUGGGGUAAUCCACAAAAUAUGAAAAGAAUAUUUAAAUUUCGUAAAAUAAUAUCGAAUCGUGAAACAUGUCAAAAAUUAGUACGAUCCGAUCAUCCAAUUUAUAUUGAUCGAAAAUUAGAACAAACCGAUCAAUAUUGUUUAUAUGAAGGUCAUUUUUAUAGUCCAUUAGUUGAUUAUUUAUCGGAUUUAGUGCCAAAUGAAUCACAUAUUGCCUAUUUUCAAUUAAUUGUGCCUUCAUAUUGGAAUACUAAUUAUUUAACUAAACAAAUUCGUCCACUUUGUGUUCAAAUAGCCGGAACUGGUGAUCAUGUAUAUGGAUUACGUAAACCAAAUAAUCAAUCAAGAUCUCAAUUAAAUAAUGUAUCUGAUUUAUUUAUAAUGGGUGGUUGUUUAAUACUGGAAUCAUUAGCAUUAUUUCAUUGGUGUAAACGAAUGAAUUUUUCACCACUUUGUAUAACUGGUAUAUCAAUGGGUGGACAUAAUGCAUCAUUAGCAGCAACAAAUUGGCAUGAACCAAUCGGUAUUGUACCUUGUUUAUCAUGGACAACAGCAUCUUGUGUAUUUACACAAGGUGUUAUGUCUGGUUCGAUACCAUGGAAAAUGUUAGAAAAACAAUAUUUAAAUUAUCCAGAUAUUGAUCGUAUUGAAUUACGUAAACAAUUGAAUUCACCGGAAAAAAAUUUCAAUAAUCAUUAUUAUCAUUGGAAUCGUUUUAGUUUACGAUCAAUAAUCUAUGGUAAUCCCGGACAAAUAUCCAAUACAAAUUUAAAUUCAAUAAUCAAUGGAAAUGAAGAAGAAGAAGAAAAAAAAUUAAAAAAUGAAAAACAAAAACAAAAAGAUCAAUUUAUACAUGAUCAUUUAAAUUCUAGUCAAGAUCCAGGUAGUUCAACAAAUAUUUCCAAUACAAAUAUGGAUACAUUACAAAUACCUGAACAAGAUUUGGUUACAAAUGAACCACCACGUGAACAUUGGGGUGUUUUAAAAGCAAUCAUUAUUAUUAUUGCUGGUAUUUAUUUUGGUGCAUGGGUUGCAAUGAUUGGUGCAAAAUUAUUAGAAGAUUUAGAUAUUUUUGUACAAGAUCAUAAUGAUGAUGGUGAUGAUGAUAAUUAGAUUCGGAUAAAUGCUUGGAUGGAUGGAUUGAAAGAAUGAAUGAAUGAAAAACGAACAAACGAACAAAAAUCCGGUAAUCCCCGGUA